AUUAUUGAAGGUAGGAAAUGCAGGUGAUUAUCAGAGUCUGCCUUUGAUACAGACAUCCUGCUCUUCUGCUGGCCCUUUGAACUAACUUUGAUAUGCAGUAAUUAAGAGGGAUUCCACCCCUGGAGGAGAAGUGCUGCGGCCAUGCCUCUGCUCCCCUCUCCUGAGUCCUUGUUUUGAACUAUUGAUCAAACAGAUUUGGAGGGAUUUGUCGGAGCCUGUGUGGGGUAAGAAGGAAGGAAAUGAAGGAGGAGGGAGGGGGAGAGGAAGGAGGGGGCGCAUCUUUAAAGAGUUUCAGAGGGAACCUGCCGGUCAGACCUAGCUCAUCCUAUUUCACGCAACUUCCUCUGAUGAGGAUUGGCCUCUCUUGCAGAAAAAAAGCAAUUAUAGGAGACUCACUGGGUUUCCAUCUUGGCAGAAGCUCCGCUGCGGGUCUGGAGGAGCCCAGGUUUGAGGAAGUCUCGGGGAAAUUGCUGAGAAGGCCUGGGGAUGGCGGUGGUGGUCCUGCUGGGGCUUGGCUGGCUGUGCACCCCCCUGGGAGCUCUGGUGCUGGACUUCAACAACAUCAAGAGCUCUGCGGAUGUGCAAGGGGCCUGGAAGGGUUCGCAGUGUGUGUCUGAUGAAGACUGCAGUACCAGAAAAUUCUGCCUCAAACCCCAAGACGAGAAGCCCUUCUGUGCUACCUGCCGUGGACUGCGGAGGCGGUGCCAGCGCCCUGCUAUGUGCUGCCCGGGGAUGCUCUGCGUGAACGAUGUCUGUACGACAAUGGAAGAUGCAACCCCGAUACUAGAAAGGCAGAUAGAUGACCGAGAUGAUGCAGAUACAAAAGGAACAACUGAGCAUCCAGUUCAGGAAAACAAACCCAAGAGGAAGCCAAAUAUUAAAAAAUCACAAGGCAGUAAGGGACAAGAGGGAGAAAGCUGCCUUAGAACUUCUGACUGUGGACCUGGACUUUGCUGUGCUCGUCAUUUUUGGACUAAGAUUUGUAAACCGGUCCUACUGGAGGGCCAGGUCUGCUCUAGGAGAGGGCACAAAGAUACUGCGCAAGCUCCCGAAAUCUUCCAGCGCUGUGACUGUGGUCCCGGACUGUCGUGUCGAGGUCAGGUGGCUGGUAAUCGACAACACGCUCGGCUAAGAGUCUGCCAGAAAAUCUAAACAGCUGUAUGAAGCAGAGGUCUCAGACACAAACUUAAACAUCUUCCCAUGCAAGUAUCUCUUAAAAUCUUGCAGCAACUGAAAGAGACUGAGCUGGAGAACCACGAGAGGCUGCCUUGUGAUGAACAGAAGCUGGUUUGGGCUUUUUGUCUAUUUCUGCAAAAAAGUGAUGUGAUUCUAUAACAAAUUUAACUUCGAUCUAGGGAUUCAGCUACUUCAAAUAAAUUUCUAAGUAAUUUCUGGUGAAGUUCUGAUACCUGACAGUAGUUGGGAGGAAGAAUUGAUGAUAUCUGUUGUUUCUUACCAGUGAAAAUUAUCCAGAAAUACUUUAUUCUUCCUCAAAACCCCUAUGUUUAUAUUCUUUCAUUUCUUGGAGGGAAAUACCAUUUCACUACAAAAUAAUUUGGUUAAUAAAGAAAUGAGAUUCAAAAGGUAGUAUCUUAUGUUUGAAUACUCCUUGGCAGUUACAAAGCAUUUACACAUAUUUUGUUUUUAGUAGCUUUACUUACCAUUUGAGGACUUUUUGUGUUUUGUAGUUAUAUAACUUCUAUAUUUCAAAGCUAAGGCUUUCAAAGAGUUAUUUUUGUUUUGUUUUUUAUUUUGCUUUUUAGGGCCGCACUUGCCGCAUGUGUUGCUUCCUAGGCUAGGGGUCAAAUCGGAGC